UAUUGUGUCAUAAAUGAGAGAAAUUGUAGUGAAAUAUGACAUCCGUUUGAAGCCGUGAUUGAGCGCAUAAUCGGCGGCCAAAUGUGGAGCAAAGGCCUCAACGACUCGUUUUCGGCCAUUUCUGGUCACAUCUCGACUCUCAAGCAGUCCGUCAAUCAGUCGCUCAUCGGCGCCGACGCGACGGACGCGGCUUCGGCAGAGCGGAGGCGACUGGUGGCCGAAGUGGCGCUCCUGCGACGCGAAGUGCGCCGACGCCACCGCCGGGAGGCCUCACCGCCCGCACAGAGCGUGACUCCGCCGCCACCGCCCUUCCGUCCGUUGGGGGCGUGUCUGCGGCUAAUGAGCGCUAAUUGGCUGUAA